AUGCAACACAGUUCUCAACCCAAGAUGCAGGUGAAGGAUAUUCUCAAAAGCCAAGCCGGUCAUGCUAUCUUUUCACCAGCAAUCAGAGUCGCCGAUCGACGAGCACGAUCUGCACCAUUCAGUUUGGCCGAUCGACCUACUGCAGCCGCACCUGGUAGCUUUUCUUCUCGCAUGGGCGGCUCACCUAUGAGAUCAGAAGACAGCGAUGAUGACGAUGAAGGAAGAGUGCUACGUCGACAUACCAUGAAACGGAAACGCGGCAAUCCAAUCCUUGAUAGCGAUGAUGAUAUGGAAGAAGCAGAAUACGUGGAUGAACGAGAGCAACGACAGCAACAGGAAACAGAGAUAUUGUCCAAACGAGCCAAAGAGUUACAACCUAUCUUUCCAACCAUGUCCUUGAACUCGAUCUUGGAUGCUUUACGACAAGGCAAUGGUAGCAAAGUCCAAGCGUCGAGAAUCCUUUCAGGAAUGCAUCGUACAGCAUCACCAUCAGCAUCACCAGAACCAGUACGACCAAGGUUAAAGAGAAUGCGACAACGUGGACCAGCACCUGUUAUACAGCCAUUGGAUGAUGAAGAAGAAGAUGAGGAAGAGGAAGAAGAGGAAGAAGAGGCUGAAGAAUCCGGUAGCGAUGUUAGCGAUCACGACGUCAAGGAUCCACUUGCAUUAGUUGAAGAAGUGAAGAAAAAUCAUCAGACAGUUCGAUUCUACAACCGAGCUACAGCACAAGAGAUCCAAGACAUAUCCGGUUGUACAGAAGAACAGGCACAAAAGAUCAUUGAUCUUCGACCAUUUGGCACCAUUGACGAUUUACGAGAGACUUUGCAUCAGGAGAAGGGAUUGAGUACUCGAUUUAUUCAGAAUUAUGUGGACAUGGUUGAUGGUUAUUCGAUUGUGGAUCAAAUCAUUGGAGAGAUUGAAGAGCUUGGUGCCAGCUUGAAAGACAUCAUCGACGUAUGGAAAGGAAACAGCAUGAACAAUGAGGACAACAAUGACGAUGCCGGUGUUCAUUUAGCAACUAUCAGUGCCGAUGCAAAGGAGCAACAACAAUCGACCGAACUUUACAAAGACGCCAUGGAAGGUUUCUUGACCGAGCAACCAGCAUUGAUCAACAAGGAUAUGAAGUUGAAAGAUUAUCAGCUCUUGGGUGUCAAUUGGCUUUUGUUACUUUAUCGCAAACGCAUCUCUGGUAUUUUGGCAGAUGAAAUGGGUCUCGGCAAAACAGCCCAAGUGAUCAGCUUCCUCAGCCGUAUUUAUGAACUUGGUGAUCCUGGGCCUCAUUUGAUUAUUGUACCUACUUCAACACUCGAGAAUUGGAUGCGUGAAUUUGAACGCUUUUGCCCUGAAUUGAAGGUGUAUUCAUACUAUGGCUCACAAGAUGAACGAUUUGUGCUUCGAGACGAAUGGCAGAAUGAUUUCGAUGGGCAAGUGAUUGUGAGCACAUACAAUGUGGCAACCGGCAACAAUGAAGAUCGCAAAUUCUUACGCAAGAUGAAGCCUCGAUCGGUGAUCCUUGAUGAAGGACAUAUGGUUCGCAACUGCACCAGUAAGCGAUACCAGCAAUUGAUGACCAUCCAGGCCCCUUUUCGACUCUUGUUGACAGGCACGCCACUACAAAACAACCUUCAGGAACUUGUCUCGCUUCUCACUUUUAUUUUACCCGACAUGUUAUUGGAAUACGAGGAAGAAGUGAGCAAGAUCUUCAAGAUCAAAACAGCAUCCAGCAAAGAUUCUACAGCACAAAUGCUUUCACAACAACGCAUUGCUCGAGCCAAAAAGAUGAUGACGCCGUUUGUUCUUCGACGACGAAAGACCGAUGUUCUCAAGGAUUUGCCGCAAAAGUUCCAAGUGGUUGAGCGAUGCAAGAUGACAGAGACACAGCAGGAAUUGUAUGAUACCAUUCUUCGCACUUCACGACAAUCCUAUCGACAAGCCAUUGAUAGCAACAACAAGAAAAAGGGCGCCCUCGACCAGUUCAAGAAUAUGGUCAUGCAUCUUCGAAAGGCUGCCAAUCACCCCAUGCUGUUUCGCAACAUUUACGAUGACGCCAAGUUAAAAAGCAUGGCCAAGGAUAUCAUGAAAGAGGAACAAUAUUGGGAUGCCAAUGAAGAUUAUAUAUACGAGGACAUGACCGUGAUGACGGACUUUGAGUUGGAUAAGCUUUGCAGAAAUCACAGGUCGAUCAAGCAGUAUGCAUUGCAAAACGAGGAAUGGAUGAAUGCUGGCAAAGUCGAAAAGCUAAAGAAGCUAUUACCUGCCAUGAAGGAAGAGGGUCGAAAGGUCUUGAUUUUCAGUCAAUUUACUCAGCUUCUUGAUAUUCUUGAAAGAGUGAUGGAUACCUUACAAUUACGAUUUUUGCGGCUCGAUGGUGCAACUAAGAUGGAAGAUAGACAAGUCCUGAUAGACCAAUUCAACGAGGAUGAAGAUAUUACCGUUUUCUUACUUAGUACCAAGGCGGGUGGCAUGGGAAUUAACUUGACAGCAGCAAACGUUGUUGUGUUGCAUGAUAUGGAUUUCAACCCACAAAAUGAUCGACAAGCUGAAGAUCGAGCACAUCGUGUUGGUCAAACACAAGAUGUCACUGUCUACAAGUUUGUAACGGAUCAAUCUGUGGAGGAGAAUAUUUUGAGCAUGGCCGAGCUUAAGCUGCGUUUGGAUCGAAGCGUAUCGGGAGUAGGAGAAGAAGGACAAGUGGAGGAGAAUGACCAAGAUCAAAAGGAGACUGUGCAUAGUUUAUUGAAGGCUGUUCUACUUUCAUAA